AUGCAGACUGUAACUGUACGGCAGGGCAUAACUGGGGCUUCAUGCAACCACAUUGCGGUAAUGUUGUAUGCACUUGUUGAUAUUACAAGUAAGAAAGACUCUGGUGAACUGUCUUCUACAUCCCAGGCAUGCAAGUGGAACAGACCCAGGAAGAGACGACUUUCUCCUAAAAAAGCGGAAAAUAUUAAGUUCCAGAGGUUUGAAUGGAAAAAGACUAAACGAAUACCGGGAAGUUUACGUGUCGCCCGGAAACAGGCUGCACCUGCACCAAUGAUUGGCAUAACCAAACCUAGGAACAGAUUAACAGCAGAGUAUCCUCUGGCAGGUUUUUUAUUGAAUUUCCCUAAAGCCCAGGAGGAUAAGGAAAAUAUACAGCUGCCUGAACUGCACAGCAUUAACUUCAUGUAUAUUGAUACCGUUAAUUUACAAAGCAAUGAGUGUUGCCAGCAGUUUGAGAAAUAUUUUAGUUCCCUGUCAGUUUCAGAUGAGGAAGCAAAACAAGUGGAAAUUUCUACCAUAGGACAGUCAUCAAAUUCAGCUUGGUCAGAUUGUAGAACUGGUCGCCUUACAUCAUCUAAUUUUGGACUAAUUGUUAAACGGAAACCGGACACGCGCCCUGAUAAUCUCUUGAAAGUGCUACUGAACUAUACACCAAAAUGUCAGACAAGUCGAAGUCUUAUGAGUACCAUGAAAAAUUCAUUUUCAAUUUUUCCGGCCUUCCACAUUUAA